CUUUCUUCCAACGGCCGAAACUGAAAGGGCGGUGUUCUUGAGCGGGUCGAGUCUGCGGCGAGAGAGACCAAGGGAAAUCGAAGAACACAACAGGCCUUUCAGAAGGUUCGCGAGCUCGCCCCCUCCCGUCCCAUGGCGACGAGGGAGACCGAACGGGGUUCCUCCUCCUCCUCCCAACUCCCCGAGGAUAUGAUCCCGGAGAUCCUCGCCCGCCUGCCGCCCAAGUACCUCCUCCGCUCCCGCGCCGUCUGCAAGGCCUGGCGCGACAUCGCCGCCGACACCGAGUUCAUCCGCAAGCACCACUCCCACCAGCCACUGCAGCCCCUCGUCUUGACUCGCGAUGUCGGCCCGCUCAAGGCCGUCCACCUCGCCAGCAACAAGUGCCGGGUGGUCCUGCGGGUCAUCGAGAGGGUGCCCAUCCCCCUCUUCUUCCUCCACGACGCCCGCGACGCGCUCAUGGUCCACGGAUCGUGCGGCGGCCUGCUCCUCAUCAGCUUCAACAAGUCCUUCUUCGUCUGCAACCCUGCCACGCGCCAAGGUGCUCGUCUGCCGCUGCUGCUUCAGAAUGACCUAGAUGUCCUGGGGUUCUACAAGCACGACGAUCCCGGGGAGUACCGGGUGCUGUACCAGCAGCCUGACGCCCUCCAGGGGUGGUACUCCUACCACAUCCUCACGGUGGGAUCCCCGCAGGCCAGGAGCAUCCAGCUUCGCACGUCGUCGGCCGACGUGGCCGCUGGGCUGGCGAGAGGGCUGGAGAGCUCCUGCGCAUCGCCGCCCGUCCUUUUCCGUGACAGCCUGCACUGGUCGCCGCAAGAGAGCCAAGGGGGCGACAUACUGGUGUUCGACCGAGCUGCCGAGUCAUUCAGCCGGAUCUCUCCUCCCGCCGAGGCGAUGCUGAUCGAGGACGACCACACGCAGCUGUUUGAGAUGGAGGGCAAGCUUGCCAUGUUCUGCUGGCACCAAAUUGAAAACAAAUCGGUGAUCUGGUUCAUGGAUAACUACGAGCAGAUGAAUUGGGUUAAGCUGUCCAUCAAGCUUGCUUAUCAACCUAUACCGUUGCCACCUUGUCCGAUUGUCCUGUAUCAAGAGGGGGAUAUGCUGGUGGAAGUUUCCGACAAGCUGUUCCAUUGUGAUAAGAUGGGUAUUUCGCAGGGGGCUGUUGACUGGUCUGCUCGGGGCGUCGCAAUUACUCCACAUAUGCUUAAAGAAAACCUUGUCCUCCAUGAGUUCCUUCAGAAUCAGCGGAAUGACGGUGUCUGUGAAUGGUUCCCUGAGCUUGAGUUCGCUGAUGGCUCGGAUACUGCAAUCUCUGGUGUUGAGACUCAAACUGAUUAAGCCUUUUCUGAUGUUCAGUUUGAUCUAUUUGAACGGUUUGUCCCAUUCAGGAUUGGCACAGGGGUGACAGAGGUUCACAGAUAUUGAUUCCUUCUUUCUCGAUGAAUAUGACAGCAGGGGUUUCUCUUAGCCUGUCCAGUUAUCUCGUGUUAUGUUUCAGUACAAUGUAUGUUGGAUAUUGCAUGUUUCCAGAACAUGAAUUUUGAGGAAUUGCAUGUGUUGUGAACAUUAUUUUGAAA